AUGGAUAUAAACAAUGGUGAUAGUGGCGGGGGCGGAGACAAUUGCAUCAAGUUGAGCCGGCUUUUUUUUUUUUGCAGUGCACAAGUGGGAAAGCGAGCUUUUAUUUUUAAGGCUAUAUCACCCAUAUCUAUCUAUCUAUCUAUCUAUCUAUCUAUCUAUCUAUCUCAGUCUGUUCAUUAUCUAUCUAUUUCAGUCUGUUCAUUAUCUAUCUAUCUAAUUUUACUUGAUCUAUCUAUCUAUCUAUCUAUCUAUCUAUCUAUCUAUCUAAUUUUAUUUCCUUAUCUAUCUUUUGUUACCUAUCUAAUUUUAUUUGAUCUAUCUAUCUAUACAUCUAUCUAUCUAUCUAAUUUUAUUUCCUCAUCUAUCUAUCUAUCUUUUGUUGCCUAUCUAAUUUUAUUUGAUCUAUCUAUCUAUACAUCUCACAGACGUGCUGCAACCUUUCGACCAACGCUUCUUCAGGGACCGAUCGAUGGCACAACUGAAGCAGUUAGACUGCAAAUAUGA